GGAUUCUUUGGAAAUUCAGUAUCAGAAAUUCAUUAUCAUUGUGGACUCCUUCAAAUCCGACGUAAUCAGCGUUCAAAAUGGCGAGGACAAAACAUGAAUUCAGGAUUUGAGGUUACCAUUACAUAUUCAGGCAAAAUUAAGUCUAAUAGUUCAACUCGAUCGGGUAGUUCAUCACUUAGUGAAGAAUCACCAUGUCAUGAAGUAACAGUUGGACAUAAUAUUAUCGGAAUUACACCAGAUUUCCAAAUGACAUCACGACUUGAACGAUUAUUCACGGAUAAUUAUGAAACAUUGUCUAAAGGGCUCGAUCUAGUUCAAGCGAUGAUGCAACAAUAUAGGGACUAUUAUAAAGACGAAGCGGUUAAAAAAAUGGAAACAUUAUCAUAUGGAUUCUUUAUAAAUGUAUAUGAUAAUCCAUCAAUACCAUUAGAAUCAUUACCAGCAUUAUUGAUGGCAACCGAAACAAACGAAAAAGUUCGAGCUAUUCCAGAAACCGAAUAUCCAUCGCUUAUUUAUUUAUAUGAAAGAAUGAGAAUAAUAAAUUUAUCAAGAGUUCAUCAAUGGUGGUACCUAUUUUGGGAAGAUCUUUGGAGAAAGAAUCAACAAGAAAUUGAAGAUUUGAGAAAAUAUCCACAAGAUUUUUCACCAAUUUAUAGAACUAGUUUAUGUUAUAGACCAAUGAUAAGGUUAGAGUUGGAAGAAUUUUUACAGAAACGUGGUCUUUGGAAAAAUGAAGGACGUGAUGGGUUCUUGCAUUCAGGAAUUUUAAAUAGGAUUUACUUGUAUUUGAAUAAUGUGGUAUUUGGAAGAAAUUCAAAAUCAAAACGAAGGAAUAGCAAAGGUGGAGUGGUGGAGGAAAUGCCGAGAACAUGGAGUAUAAUAAAAGGAAAUAGUAUUGAUAGUAACGAGUAUACAUUACGUGAAAAAGAUGUGAAAACUAUAAAAGAUCGAAUGAUGAUAAUGAAAGAUUUGAUGUUGAGACGGGAAACAAAACUUUCUAAAACUAGACCUUUCUUU